CAGGGGAAUGAGAUUGCAUCCAAUAUGUGUCAUCAAUGCCAGAGGAAUGACAAAUGAAGGGUUGUUAGGUGCACCAGUUGUAAAACAAAGCGAUAUUGUGUUCCUUGCAUGACCACGUGGUACCCUGGGAUGCCUGAGGUGGCUUUUGAAGAGUCUUGUCCUGCUUGUCGUCAAAACUGUAAUUGCAAAGCUUGCUUGCGGUUGGAUGGGCCAAUAAGGGCUUUGAAUAACUUAUACUGUGAGAUUAGCAAAGAAGAAAAGAUUCAAUAUUCUAAAUUUAUCGUGCAAAAGCUUUUGCCUUUCUUGAGAAGAUUCAACACAGAGCAAGUGAUGGAGAUGGAGAUUGAAGCUAAGAUUCAAGGAGUACCCGUGUCAGAGUUGAUGCUUCCCAAGGCAAAGUGCCGGAGGAGUGAGCGUAUACACUGAUGGUAUUUAUAAAUGAGGUGAAGAAGAAGUCAUCAUGAAACUCACUGACAACGGGGUUGCUUAUUUGCAUGGUGAUGUGAGAUUGGAUGCCAGAACUACCAUUUCCAGAAGGCCUAGAUUUUCCAAGAAGAUAGUUGACAAUGAUUCUGUGGGAGAUGCCAAGUUUGCGUUUGGUAUGGAACCUGGGGAUGAUGGAGGGCUUCUCCCAGAGAACUCUGGUUACCCUGCUGGUGAAUGGAAAUGCAAUGAAGAUGGUAGCAUCCCUUGUCCACCAGAGAAUUUUGGUGGCUGUGUUAAGGGAGUUUUAGAGCUGAAGUGCCUGACAUCAAAGUCAAAAUCUCUUAUCUCUGAGUUGUUGGAAGAGGCUGAUGAUAUUUCCAACAACUUGAAUUGGAAUACAUGCAUGAAAUGCCUCAGGAGUCAUGCUUAUGUAUGAAAUCAAUGGAUGAAAAUGAUAUGCAGAAAAGCAAAUUGCGUAAAGCAGCAUUUCGUGAAGAUUCUGAUGGCAAUUAUUUAUAGUGUCCAGCAGCUAAGGAUCUUCAACAGGAGGAUAUGAAGCAUUUCCAAUGUCAUUGGCUGAAAGGUGAGCCUUCAAUUGUCGGUAAUGUGCUUGAGACUAUGUCAGGGUUAAGCUGGGAGCCCAUGGUUAUGUGGUGAGCAUGUCGCCAGAUAAAGAGCACAAACCAUCCCCUUCAUUUGAAUGUCAGCGCUAUCAAUUGCUUGGAUUGGUGUGAGGUUGAAGUUAACAUCCGCCAAUUUUUUAUGGGAUACAUGGAAGGUCGGUUUGAUAGUGCUGGCUGGCCCCAGAUUUUGCAGUUGAAAGACUGGCCUUCAUCUGAUUUUUUCGAUGAGCGGUCACCUCGUCACUGUGCUGAGUUUGUUAGAAGCUUGCCCUUUAAGGAGUACACAAAUCCUCAAAAUGGCUAUCUGAAUCUUGCUGUCAAACUGCCAUCAGGGUAUUUGAUGCCUGGCACGAGACCAAAAACAUAUAUUGCUUAUGGAGUUCCCGAGGAGCUGGGGCGUGGGGACUCUGUGACUAAGCUGCAUUUUGAUAUGUCUGAUUCGGUAAAUGUGCUGACACAUACACAAGGAAUAAACCUGACACCUGAACAACUUUCGAGGAUUGAAAAAUUGAAAAGAAAGCAUGUUGCCCAGGAUAAUUGGGAAUUGCAAACGACUGAGGAGGAGCACAAAUAUGAAAUCAAAACAUCAUCUAAGUUCAACGAGGACCAGCCUUUACUAGAUGAUAUAGAUGGAGGUGCAUUGUGGGAUAUCUUUAGAAGGCAAGAUAUUCCAAAGUUAGAGGAAUAUCUUAGGAAGCACUUCAAGGAAUUCAGGCAUAUUAAUUGUUGUCGUAUACCACAGGUUAUUCACCCUAUACAUGAUCAAACAUUUUACUUGACUAAGGAUCACAAAAAUAAUCUUAAGGAAGAAUGUGGAAUUGAACCAUGGACCUUUGUUCAAAAAUUAGGGGAUGCAAUUUUCAUACCUGCAGGCUGCCCUUAUCAAGUUAGAAAUUUGAAGUCGUGCAUAAAUGUUGCUCUUUGCUUCGUUUCACCUGAAAAUGUUGGUGAAUGCAUUCGUUUGACUGAGGAAUUCCGCAAACUUCCCCAAGAUCAUGUUGCUAAAGAAGACAAACUGGAGAUUACUGCUAAAAUUUUGGUCGAAUUUUCCUCGGCGAAUCUCUGGCUUGAUUGA